AUGUCAGCAGUCAAAGAUAUGCUCAUUGAGAAUCUUCUUCAAGAAGAGUCUACUGCUCAAAACAAGAUCACCAUUAUUGGGUGUGGUGCAGUUGGCAUGGCAUGUGCCAUCAGUAUCUUAAUCAAGGGCUUAACUGAUGAACUCGCUCUUAUUGAUGUCAUGGAAGACAAACUGAAAGGAGAAAUGAUGGAUCUCCAACAUGGCAGCCUUUUCCUUAGUACUCCAAAGAUUAUCUCUAGCAAAGACUCCAAAGUAUCAGCCAACUCCCAGAUAGUAGUUAUCACUGCAGGUGCACGCCAACAGGAGGGAGAAAGUCGCCUGAACUUGGUCCAGCGUAAUGUGAACAUCCUGAAAGCAAUUAUUCCUGAUGUCAUAAAGCACAGUCCUGACUGCAAACUGCUUGUUGUGUCUAAUCCAGUUGACAUUCUGACAUAUGUUGCCUGGAAGCUGAGUGGCUUACCCAAACACCGUAUUAUUGGCAGUGGGACUAAUCUGGACUCUGCCCGUUUCCGUUACCUAAUUGGAAAUAAAUUGGAUGUGAAUCCAACAAGCUGUCAUGGUUGGAUCAUUGGGGAACACGGCGAUUCUAGUGUUGCUGUGUGGAGUGGAGUGAAUGUUGCUGGUAUUCCCCUGAAGAGUCUACAUCCCAGUUUAGGAACUGAUGACGACAAGGAUCAAUGGAAAGUUAUUCAUAAACAGGUGGUUGAAAGUGCUUAUGAGGUUAUCAAGCUGAAGGGUUAUACUUCAUGGGCUAUUGGCCUGUCUGUGGCCGACUUAGUAAGAACUAUGAUGAUGAAUCUUAGAAGAGUGCAUCCAGUUUCCACCAUGAUCAAGGGCCUUUAUGGAAUAACUGAAGAAGUCUUCCUUAGUGUCCCUUGUAUCUUGGGGCACAGCGGUGUCACAGAUCUAGUGAAGCUGACCCUGAAUCCUGAGGAGGAGGAACAUUUAAAGAAGAGUGCACAGACCCUCUGGAAUGUCCAAAAAGACCUGGCAUUCUAA